AUGGAAGGGAGAGAGAAUGGUCACCCAUUGCUGAGAGGAGGUAGAAGAGAGAAAGAUUACAGCCAUGGGUUAUCCACUUCUCAGAUGCAUGUCAUGGCUUCCAUUUGUGACACCCUUUUUCCUUCCCUGCCACUGGACUCACUCAACAACAAAAGUUCACUUGACCAACAACCUCUCUCAGCCUUCUACAAUUCCUCUGCUUCCCAAAGCCCUUUUCCUGCUGAGGCUGCAGAGCUGUUGUACAAGAGGUGUAUGCCAGAAGCAUUGUCUCUGGUGAGUUGGGUUCUGUGGAUGCUGUCUUUGAGAUUGGGGACACUGUUGAUCUGUGGAAGACUUUGCUUGGACUGGAAGUGGCCUUUCAUUCACAAGUUCUCUGAGAUUUCCUUGGAGAACAGAGAAGAGAUUCUCAGACACUGGUCCAGGGAAAAGCGUUGGGUGCCCCUGCGGUUAGUGUUUGUCCUCAUCAAACUUGUUUUCUUCUACAAUUUCUUCUCAAGGACUGAUGCAAACGGGGAUAAUCCCGCAUGGAAAGCAAUUGGAUACGAGGUGGACACCAAGGAAAAGUUGGCACGAAAGGAGAGGCCUCUACAAAAGGGAUUAAUAGAGACUAUGUAUGAAACAGAUUCUACUUUAAUGCAAUCCCUCACUGAAAAAGGCCUUGAAGUCACUGAAGAUAAACAGCAGAACCUAUACAAGGUCAAAUGUGAUGUUGUCAUUGUGGGAUCUGGUUGUGGUGGUGGAGUUGCAGCUGCAGUUCUUGCAAACACUGGUCAGAAAGUAAUCGUCCUAGAGAAAGGGGAGUAUUUUGUUUCCAAUGAUUAUUCUUCCCUAGAAGGUCCAUCCAUGAACGAACUAUACGAAUCAGGUGGCAUUUUCCCAAGUCUUGAUGGGAAGAUGAUGAUCCUAGCUGGCUCAACAGUGGGUGGAGGCUCUGCUAUAAACUGGUCUGCAUGCAUUAGAACACCUGAUUCUGUUCUGAGGGAAUGGUCUAAAAAAUAUAAAAUUCCGCUUUUUGCAAGCUCUAAUUAUCAGUCUGCCAUGGACUCGGUGUGCAGAAGGAUUGGUGUGACAGAGAAGUGCAAGAAAGAAAGCUUUCAGAAUCAAAUUCUCAUUCAAGGAUGUGAGAAAAUGGGCUUGAAAGUGGAGUCAGUGGCUAUAAAUUCCUCAGCAGAUCAUUAUUGUGGUUCAUGCUGUUAUGGUUGUAGGACAGGAGAUAAGAAGGGCACUGACUCUACUUGGUUGGUUGAUGCUGUAGGAAAUGGUGCAGUGAUCCUCUCUGGGUGUAAAGCUGAGAGAUUCAUACUUGAAGAUGGAAAUGGUGGAACGAAGAAUAAGAAAUGCUUAGGAGUGAUUGCUGCAGCAACUUGGAGGAGUAGGGUAACAAAGAAACUCCUAAUCGAAUCCAAGGUAGCUAUUUCAGCAUGUGGCUCUCUCUCCACUCCUCCUCUAAUGAUUUCUAGUGGACUGAAAAAUCCGAACAUCGGAAGGAAUCUCCAUCUCCACCCUGUUCAAUUUGCAUGGGGAUACUUCCCAGAAGACAUGGCGAACUUCAGUGGAAAUAACUAUGAGGGUGGGAUCAUAACUUCGAUCCACAAGGUAUUUGCAGAAGAUUCCACCCCAAGAUUCAUUAUAGAAACACCUGCUCUAGGACCAGGAUCAUUUUCAGCAUUAGUUCCCUGGCUUUCAGGGCAUGACAUGAAAGACAGGAUGGCAAAGUAUGCAAGAACUGUUAACAUUUUUGCAUUGAUAAGAGACCAUGGAUCAGGAGAAGUGAAGGCUGAAGGGAGGGUAACUUACAGACUUGACCAAGUGGAUAAAGAAAACCUUAGAAUUGGACUAAGGAAGGCCUUGAGGAUUUUGGUUGCAGCAGGUGCUGUGGAAGUGGGAACAUACAGGAGUGAUGGCCAAAGAAUCAAAUGUAGGGGGAUCAAGGAGGAAGAUUUAGAGGAGUUUCUUGACACUGUCACAAUAGUUGGGGGUCCAAGGUCCAGGAAUGAACUUUGGACAGUGUUUACAUCUGCACAUCAGAUGACAAGCUGUAGAAUGGGUGCCACUGAAGAAGAAGGUGCACUUGAUGAAAAUGGUGAGAGUUGGGAAGCAAAAGGCUUGUAUGUGUGUGAUGGAAGUGUUUUGCCCAGUGCAGUUGGUGUCAACCCCAUGGUAACCAUUCAGUCUACAGCAUACUGUAUUGCCAGUAAGAUUGCAGAAUCACUCGGCAAAGACAAACAAAUCAUGAAUAGUUAA